AUGUUAGGGAUAAAGAUUGUAUCACUUAAGAAACUAGUAAAAAAGGUGAAGGUUGUAGGUAGAGUUGACCACGACCCAGCUCAUUGUAACUUGUUGAAGGAAUUUGAAGAAGAAAAAAAACAUCCAAUUGUGAAAAGAAGUGGUGUUUUUGCACUAUAUGUUGGAGAGGAACGACAGAGGUACGUCGUUCCAAUUGGUUACCUUUGUCAUCCUUUAUUCAAGAUGUUGUUGGAGAAAGCAUACAAUGAAUUUGGGUUUCAACGGAGAAAUGGUUUGGUAGUUCCAUGUAGUGUUUCUACUUUUCGAGAAGUGGUUAAUGCUAUCGGAUGUAACAAUGGUAAGUUUAACAUGGAAAAUAUUUUUGAUGAAUUGAUUUGA